AAACAUAAUUUAUCAAAUGAAACAUUUUGGGCACCUGGCUAUUAGCUACUUACUUUUCUUAUGGCAUGACACCUGCCUAAUACGUUUAUUACAGGAAACAAACAGAAUCAGCUAGGUGUCACUUACCGAGACACAUUAUCAAACUCAACUACACUACAUGUCUUCAUGACACCUACCAUCUCCAAAACCGAUUACUAAAACAAACCCAUUUCUACUUUGGUUACUACAUUCUCAAGAAAUUAUUGUAGACGCAAAUGGCCGGAGAAAAUGACUGGAGGAAAACGGCGGAUACGACGAAGAUGAGCUCGGAGGGAGUGAAAGCUGCCGGGGUUGAAUCAUCGAAGAGGCCCCCAGGGAGUAAUCCUGGUGGUGUUCUCCACCAACGCCGUAACUUGCCAUACAGUUACACCACCAUGGCUCUAGCUGGAUUAGCUAUCUCAGGUGCUAUCAUGUACACUGUUAUGUACGUUAAGAAGAAACCGGAAGCUAGUGCCACUGAUGUAGCUAAAGCGGCGACAGGGACGGCUAAACCUGGCUCUGAUACCAUGAUAGAGUUUACGCUUGAGGAAGAAGAUGAAGUUGUAACUGAAUGUUUGUUAUUUCUGUUAAACGUAAAAGCAUACAAAUGAAUCACUUAUAUAGUGAUUUUACUCUCGGUUUACACAUACGUAACCGGUAUACUUAACCAAGCUGAACCGCUAUCUAUCUUAUACUAAUAGAUACCCAUCCAAGAAAGUAAAAGCCUCUAAGAAUCUUAUUUCGUUUACCUUUUGUAUUGUAUUCUAGCUAAUGUUCUUGUCCGAACUUUUAUAUUUUUGUGUAAUCUAAUGGCAUAACGAGUUCAACACAAAGUAGUAACCUAUUUAUUUUUAUCUAGUA